UGCAGCCAGAAUCCGAUAGAAAAUCCUAUUUCACCGUAAUGGACAAAACGGCGGUCUGGGAGGGGUAUGAUUUCUAAUCCAGAUUGAGCUACAGUGGACCGCGCAUUAAGAUAGACUCUAAAAUGGAUAUAUACAGAAACGUUCGCGUUCAUUAGGGUUCAGGCCAUUCUCUAACGUACUCUUCUUGACCAGCGUUGAUAACACACUAUCACUACAAUGUCGGAUCUCAGAGACCUCGCCCGCAACCUCAGUAAAGCUGUUGAAUGUUACGCCGACGAGCUUGACAGGGCAGGAUGCACUCCAGACGACUCAAGUCUGACUCUCCUCGGCUCCAAAGGCCUGGCAGCCAGGGAAGACAUCAUCAUCGGCGCAGAGAACAUCCUCCAGCGCGCUCGCGGCCCCGUCGCAACCCUAAUUGGGUUCAUGGAAUCAGCUGUCGACCUCGGCACAAUCCAAACCCUCAUCCGGCUCGGCGUCCCGGAGCAAGUCCCCUUCCCGGGCUCCAUCACCUACACCGAGCUGGCGGGAAAGCUAACCACCCCCAUCUCCCCGGACCUCCUACAGCGCCUUAUCCGGUUCUCCCGCCUCGAUGGCUUCCUCGACGAAGACGUCUCCGGCGCCGUGAAACACACCCCCGCGUCCGCAAUCUUCGUCACCGACGCUAAUACCUCGGGGCAAGCAAAGUUCAUGGCGGACUUUGGCAUCCGGCCGUGCGCGUCCUUGUAUGAGUCCAUUAGGCUCGAUCCGAGUGGUGAGAUUCCGCGCCGUGGGCCUCUGGCGGUUAUGGCGAGGGAGGAGCCGGGUAUCGGCGAGGGCCCGACAUUCUUUGAGGUGCUGGAGAAGGAUGCUACGAAUCAGGCGCGGUGGCAUGAUGCCAUGGCCGUGCAUGAUGACUCGGUCAUUCGGCUUGUUGCGCAGGCGUAUGAUUGGGGGAGCGUGCAGAGCCUUGUCGAUAUUGGCGGCUCCGAAGGCCAUGUCGCAACCGUAAUCGCAAAGGCCUUCCCCAACAUAACCAUAACCGUGCAAGACCGCCCCGAGGUCAUCGCGCGGGCGCGGUCCCGGACUACCCAACACCCGCGCGUCUCCUUCGCCGAACACGACUUCUUCGCCCCGCAGCGCCUCACCGCAGACGCGUACUUCCUCCGCCUGAUCCUGCACGACUGGAACGACGCGGACGCUGCUCGGAUCAUCCGCCAGAUCAUCCCGGCUAUGCGGAAUGGUUCGCGGCUGCUUAUCAUGGACGCGGUACUGCCGGAGCCCCGCGGUGAGGGCUCUGGCUCGGUGCUGAGGGAGAGACAGCUGCGGAGGAGUGAUAUUGGGAUGUUUACGCUGUUCUCCGCGAAGGAGAGGAGUUUGGUGCAGAUGAGGAAGUUGGUGGAGGGGUGUGAUGGCAGGUUGAGGUUUCUGGGGGUGAGGACCCCGCCGGGGAGUCAUGCUAGUUUGAUGAGUUGGGUUCGUGAGUAGACCUCUAUUCCGCUUCGCACGCGGAUGCUGGGAAUAUGGCCAGAGAUUGGAUUGUUCUCUGCACCAAACGAGCAAGCUAUGUGAGAGCCGCUAGUUAGUCAAUUAAC